AUGCUUCGCUUACUCUCAUCCCGCUGUGCCGCGGUGACUUAUAGUAGACGUCUUCACAAUCGUUUUGCAGCCGUCACUUCAACUGCUGAAGCUACUGGUAAAACAGUAAAUGCAGUCUCCAAGAACAAGAAGCCCGUGCAGCAACAGCAGCAGCAGCAGCCAGUACUAGGGACAACAUGGAACACUGUGGUGGUUGGCGAGAUCGUGGCGUUCCACCCACAUCCCCAAGCAGAUCGCCUAAACGUCUGCAGUGUAAACAUUGGGGACAUGGACAAUUUGCUACAGAUCAUUUGUGGCGCGACUAAUGUUUGUCAAGGAGCGCGUGUCCCAGUAGCUAAAGUGGGGACUCGACUGGUCAUGAAAGAGCCCGAGACGGGCGAGCUAAGGAAGCUCAAGAUCAAGAAGAGUAAGUUACGUGGCGAGAUAUCCCAGGGCAUGAUCUGCUCGGAAGCGGAGCUGGGGCUGGCAGACAAGAGCGAAGGCAUCCUUAUUUUCGAAGCAGAUGCAGUUGUCGGUAGUCUCGUCCGUGAGCACGUUGCUGUCGCUAGCCGCUUGGAAGGCGCACACACACUGCCAGUGCACGUUGCUGCAACAACUGACGUUCCGUUGGAGACAAGACCGAGUCGUGAGAGAGAUGGGAUGGCGUAA